GCCGCUUCCGGCGUCCUGCAUAUGGCUGCCGCCACCUGGGGCUCGCGCCGCCCAGAAUAGCCAGGGAGCCAUGGUGCUGCUCACGGCGCCGCUGAGGGUGCGCGCCCGCCUCACCGACCGCUACUGGCGGGUCCAGGACGUGCUGAAAUACGCCCGGCACUUUCGGGGAAGGAAGAAUCGGUGUUACAGUUUGGCUGUCAGGGCUGUGCAUAGAGCCUUUGUGAAAUGUACCAAUGCCAGGAGACUGAAGAAGAGGAACAUGAGAACGCUUUGGAUUAAUCGAAUUACAGCUGCUUCCCAAGAACAUGGCCUGAAGUAUCCAUCAUUUAUUAGCAAUUUGAUCAAGUGUCAGGUGGAGCUCAACAGGAAAGUCCUUGCUGACUUGGCUAUUUAUGAACCCAAGACUUUUAAGUCUUUGGCUGCUUUGGCCAAGAGGAGGAGAGAAGAAGGCCUCGUAGCCGCUCUGGGGGACGAGAAGGAGCCGGCGGGGAUCUUUUCCAGGGUGGUGCAUUAUCAAUGAAGGUGAUGGAGCCGUGGCUACCACUGCCACCGCUGUGGCGCUUUGCCCAAAGAAGGACUGGGGGUAACUCAGCUACACCAAUAACAAAGAUAGGCAGUGUAUGAACUUCCCCAGGCUGUUCACCUUCUUUGGUAAUCAUGUCUUUUCACAUUUCAGGAGCGAGACAAGAGGAGGGGUAGCUGGGCUUUUACCAGGUGGGAGGCUGGGGGAGCCCUUUUCACACUGGAAACCCUGAAGGAUUCAUUCAGCAUAUGUUCUUUUAAACCAGGGGCAGACUUCAAAAUGUAUUCAGAAAGAGAUUGUAAAAUAAAGCUUUUGUAACCAAGAA